CAGCAUCCCCCGCCGCUCCUGCCCUCCUCCUGCCGCUCUCCUCCUCCUCCUCCUCCUCCCCCCGGAACGCGGCCCGGCCCACCGCCGCCGCCGGAACAAAAGGGGCGGCCGAAGGUGGCGGCGUGGCCGCUCCCGCAGCUCCGCCACCAUGUCCGCCAGCGGCGGCAGUUCCCCCGGCAAUGCCGUGAAGAAGCGGAGCCCCGCCGGCUCGGCCGCCUCGCUGGCGCAGGAGGAGGAGAAGCAGGCGACGGAGAAGAUGCUGGAAGGGGCGCAGGAGAACGGCUGUGCCCGCUCGCCAUCGCCCUGCGGCUCGGCGGAGGGGGUGACCCUGAAGCGGAACAUCACCCUGCUGAACGGCGUGGCCAUCAUCGUGGGCACCAUCAUCGGCUCCGGCAUCUUCGUCACCCCCACGGGCGUGCUGCGGGAGGCCGGCUCGCCGGGGCUGUCGCUCGUGGUCUGGGCCGUGUGCGGCGCCUUCUCCAUCGUGGGCGCGCUGUGCUACGCCGAGCUCGGCACCACCAUCACCAAGUCCGGCGGGGACUACGCCUACAUGCUGGAGGUGUACGGCUCCCUGCCCGCCUUCCUCAAGCUCUGGAUAGAGCUGCUCAUCAUCCGGCCUUCCUCGCAGUACAUCGUGGCUCUGGUGUUCGCCACCUACCUGCUCAAGCCCAUCUUUCCCACCUGCCCCGUGCCCGACGAGGCUGCCAAGCUGGUGGCUUGUCUGUGUGUCCUGCUGCUGACAGCUGUGAACUGCUACAGUGUCAAAGCUGCCACCCGUGUGCAGGACGCCUUUGCUGCUGCCAAGCUGCUGGCGCUGGCUCUCAUCAUCAUCCUGGGCUUCGUGCAGCUGGCCAAGGGUGAUGUGGAAAACCUGACCCCUGACAAAUCCUUCGAGGGCACCAAGGUGGGCGUUGGGAACAUCGUGCUGGCUCUGUACAGCGGCCUCUUUGCCUAUGGAGGAUGGAAUUACUUGAAUUUUGUGACAGAAGAGAUGAUAAAUCCCUACAGAAACCUGCCCCUGGCUAUCAUCAUCUCGCUGCCUGUUGUCACGCUGGUGUAUGUGCUGACCAACUUGGCUUACUUCACCACGCUGAGCACCGAGCAGAUGCUGACGUCCGAGGCUGUGGCCGUGGAUUUUGGGAACUACCACCUUGGUGUCAUGUCCUGGAUCAUCCCUGUCUUUGUGGGGCUCUCGUGCUUUGGGUCUGUCAAUGGAUCUCUUUUCACUUCUUCCCGGCUGUUCUUCGUGGGAUCCCGAGAGGGGCACCUGCCUUCCAUCCUGUCCAUGAUCCACCCCCGGCUGCUCACCCCCGUCCCGUCCCUCGUGUUCACGUGUGUCAUGACCCUGCUCUAUGCCUUCUCCAACAACAUCUUCUCAGUCAUCAACUUCUUCAGCUUCUUCAACUGGCUCUGUGUGGCCCUGGCCAUCAUCGGGAUGAUGUGGCUGCGCUACAAGAAGCCAGAGCUGGAGAGGCCCAUCAAGGUGAACAUCUGCCUGCCCAUCUUCUUCAUCCUGGCCUGCCUGUUCCUCAUCGCCGUUUCCUUCUGGAUGACGCCCAAGGAGUGUGGGAUCGGCUUUGCCAUCAUCCUCAGUGGGAUCCCCAUUUACUUCUUCGGGGUCUGGUGGCAGAACAAGCCCAAGUGGGUUCUCCAAGGCAUCUUCUCCACCACCGUGCUGUGCCAGAAGCUGAUGGAAGUGGUUCCUCAGGAAUCCUAGGCAGGAAAAGCAGGGACUCUGAGCUCGAGGAAACGCACAAGGUUAUUCUGAGAUGACACAAGGAUCCGACCCCUCACUCCCCAGUCCCAGGCGCCGGAGCUGCCUCCUGCUGCCACCACUGCCCCAAGGCUCUGCUCACCUCCUGCAGCCCCUCCAGCCCCUCCCAGCCCUGCAGAGCAGCCAGAAGAAGUCCUUGGUACGAGCCAGGAGGAGGAAUUCCAAAGGGCAGUUCCAGAGGGGUGCUGCCUGUGCCCUUUGUAUGUGUGUGAGGGCUGUGCUUGGCUCUGGGGGCUCCUUUGCUUUGGCUCUGGGGUCUGCUGGAGCCUGGUUUGAGUGUUCAGAGGGCCUGGUGGGGGCUGGAGCUGCCACAGAGCCCUGGGAGGGUCCUGAGCUGCCUUACCUGGCCCAGGUGGGGGGUGGGAAGCAGAGGUUGGCUGAUGUUGUCUCACUCCCCCAAACUCACACCCCCCUAUGCUGCUGGACACUGGAUGUGGGGGGGCCUCAUCCGAGUGUCACUGUGCCCCUCACUCGGGGCCCUGCCACCCUUUGGAUUUGGAUCACCACUCCCAGAUCCAAGCCAGCUCCCUGCUGCUGAGCCAGUCCUCCAGGAUGCUCUUCCCCACAGUGCCCAUCCCUGGGAAUGAGCACUGAGGGGGCAGUUCCUUCAGGAGCUGCAGUCAGCAGAAGGCCAAGUCCUCGGCUUGUUCAUUCCAUGCUUUUCUGUGCCAGGCUUUCAUCCAGCAUGGGAUGAGCAGCUCUGUGCUCUCUCUCCUCAUGGCUCUGCUCAGGGAGCCAUGCUUGCCCCUAAACCACGUGCUGAGAGAAAUAAAGGGUGGGGAUUGCCCUGGCACAAUCCCUGGGCAGUGUCUGUGCUCUGCCUGGCGCUGUUCCCUUUGUCCUGCCGUGUUUCCUCUGGAAUGUGCCACGGAGAUGGGACCAACUGGCUCUGGGCUGUGGAGAAGGGCAGAUGUCCUGGCUGGCUGGAGCCACCUCGAGCUGCUGGAGAUCUGGUUUGGGUGGGAAGGGACCUCACAGCCCAUCCAGUGCCACCCGUGCCAUGGCAGGGACACCUCCCACUGUCCCAGGCUGCUCCAAGCCCUGUCCAACCUGGCCUUGGGCACUGCCAGGGACCCAGGGGCAGCCCCAGCUGCUCUGUGCCAGCCUCCCCACCUCUGAGUAAUGAAGGUGAGUUCUGCUCUGAGGAGCAGAGCCUGGGCCUGAUCCUCCUUCAUGCAUCAGGUCCCAGCACCACCCCCCCGUUCCAGGAGUGAUCCCUGAGCACCAUCCACGAUCUGCAAUGUGAAAUCCUGGUUUGCUCUCAUGGGCGGUGCCAUCCCAUCCCUGACAGCCCCAGAACUCCUGUAGUUCCCAAGUAGGUCAGCACUGUCCCCUUAGGGACAAGCUGCUUUCUUUGGUUCAAGUAUCACCUUUUGGAAAGCUGUAGUUCCUGAACCAUUUGCUCAUUGUGCCUCUGUGCUCCGACAUCACCUGGAAUUCUGAUCUUUUCCCCACUGGAGCUGCUUUGCUGUCUCUGUUGCAGAUUUUUGUGCUUGUGCUUUGUGCAGGUGGCUUGGUGAACUGUUUCCCUUUUUUUUAAACGUGGCUGUUGUGAAGCCAGGCUGCUCCAGGAGCUGUCGCUUCCCGCUGGAUUCUCCUUGGAGCAGAGUUCUUUGGGGUGAAGGGGUGUUAGGGACGCUGUGGUUCUCACUCAGCCUUUGUCCUGGGAGGUUCUGCAGCACUGCAGGUUGUGUUGGGGCAGGGGCAGCUCCUGCCCAGCUCUGUGGCCGUGUCCAGGUGCAGCUCCACACUCCCACUUUGCCAGCCCCGUGUCCUGCUCCGAGGCAGGAGCAGGGGAGACAAUCAGCUCUUUAUUCCAUGGCAGCUGGGGUGGAGAUUCCCAAAUCAGCUCAGUGACAGUGUAGAGAUUCCCAAUCCAGCUCAGUGACAGUGUGGAGAUUCCCAAUCCAGCUCAGGUGACUGUGGAGAUUCCCAGUCCAUCUCCCUGGCAGUUGAGUUAAUCCAGGGGGAUUUGCAGCUGCUUUGGGAAUAUCCAGAGGGCAGACCCCAAGGUUUUUGGCCAGUGCAAUGAGUUGGAGCAUCUCAGAUCUGAUGCCUGUGGAGAGGCUUUGGCAUAAAUAAGGUCAGGAAUCACAAAACCUGAACUCGAGUUUUGGCUUCUUCCAGCUGAAGGCUGAGAUGGUUUUGAGCAGUGAUGGGAAAUCAGAGCUCCUGCUAGACCUGCUCCAUGGAGAGGGGACCUCGGUCUGUCACCUGCCACACAAAGCUGCAGGUUUUUUGGCUGUGAGGUCUCAGGGCAGCUCCUGCAGGACCUGGGUUCAGCAUGGGGGCUCUCAGUGCCAAAACCCACCAGCAGAAUUCCUUGGGAUGCAAAGCAAAGGCAUUGGAAUCUCAACCCAAAGUCAGCUGGCACCAAGGGCCCUCCACAGAGAGCUCAGGACUGGGACCAGAUCCCCCAAAGGUUGGCUUGUACACAUUGUCCAUCAGGUGAUGACCGUCACAGUGUCCUCCUGGUGCCCCUUUCACACUGCUUUGAAAGAGGAGCUGUCACACUAAAAAAUAUUUUUUAAGCAAUCAACGGAUUUUAAUUAAAUCCUUAACUGGCUUGCUUUGCUUUUUGUGGAUUUCCAUGAUUUCUCACUUGCUGCUGAAGAUUUUAUCUUGUACUAACCUGAGGCUCUGGCACUGAUCCCACCUUGAUGAGCAUCUCAUCAGCAUCUCCUUGGCAAUAGAGGUUUAGGAAGAAACUGAACCAGGUACCAGCACAGAGCCACAAAAAGGCUGGAUUUGGUCAGCCACAGCUCACAUCUCAAAGUUGAUCUGCCAAAAAGCUGAUUUCUUUCACCCUGGAGUCAUUGAUCCCCCGUAGCUGCCCUCCACCAGAGCUUGGUGACGCAGCUGGAAGAGCUUGGGUUGGUUUUUCCUGGAGGUUUGGGAGAUGAUGAGGGAAGGGGUAAAACUGAAUUUCAUUUUAGAAAGAAAAGACAAGAAGAUUGCAAUCAUGGAAAUGUCUGCCACAGCCUCUGCUGUCCGGUGUGGCAGCUUUUCCCUUGGAUCAGCAACAUCUGCCCCCAACUUGUGCUGUUCUGAUGGGUUUGGGUAUGGAAAAGGGAGAAUUCACCCCUGGGAAAGACCUUGCUGGUUGUUUUCCUCAAAUAUGGAGUGAGAUGUGUCAGGGAGGGCAGGGGGAGCGACAGAGAGUUCCCAGAGUUUCCCAUCCUUCCCAGCACUGGGAUUUUUUCCUGUUGUUUCUCUGCUGUGCUCUUUGGAGGCUGUGGUCAGGCAGGGAGGGAGAUGGACGCUCCCCACAAGGACUCUGCAACCACAGUGACCUAGGGGAGGUUCCACAGGAAUUUGUUCCAUUGGCAGCUCCCUGCAAGUCCAGCUGGAGCUGUUCUGUCCGUGGAAUUCAGCUUGGAAAAGACCUUGAAGGUGAUGGAGCCCGAUGGCAGCUGUGCCAUGAUCCCGUGCUCCUUGAACUGACCCCAGCUUCCAACUCUUGCUCCUCUCCAGCUGUUUUUGAGUUCAGGCUCCCAGGCUGGCAGUUGUUUGGGGUGUUCACAGAAUUGCAUCCUGCAGGGAUUGCUAAACAGAGCAGGAGCUGCUGGCCAGGCACUUCCAUUCCCGUUGGGUUCCUCUUUCUACAUGAGCCCUUCCUCCAGCUGGGAGGGAAACCAGCCCUGCAAAAACCAGGGGGGUUUAUGUCAUCCUGGUGGAUUUUUAAUGAUUUAUUUUUUUUUAACUUCCUGCAGAAUUUGCAGUGUUUUCCAUCUCAGACACCAUGUUCUGGUAAACAGGCUUUUGUUUGGAACGGCCCCCUCGGUGGCCACGGAGUUCAAAGGGACUCUGGCACAGUUGAACAAACUUUAAAGGCCCUUCAGCUGGAUUGAAACUCCUGGGAAGUGGCUUUGUUGUUGUCCAAGUCCUCUCCCAGUGGGUGGCUCAGGCAAGGGAAUAAAUUGGGCUCCUCCAUGGGCUGCUGUGGUGGGUCCGGGCAAAGGGCAGCCCCAGGGCAGGGCGGCUCCGGGCUGGUGCUGAGCUCGGGCUGGGAUUGAAUUCCAGCCUUGUACCAGCCCUGGGAGCAUCCCGAGCUCUGGAAUGAACCAGAGCCAGCCACGCCUGGCUGCCAAGCAGGGAGAUCCUGCAGGGGUGGGAAUCUGUUCCUUCAUCCCUGCAGGAAUGGGAAUCUGCUUCUUCAUCCCUGCAGAGAUGGGAAUCUGCUCCUUCAUCCCUGCAAGGAUGGGAAUCUGCUCCUUCAUCCCUGCAAGGAUGGGAAUCUGCUCCUUCAUCCCUGCAGAGAUGGAAUCUGCUCCUCCAUCCCUGCAGGGAUGGGAAUCUGCUCCUCCAUCCCUGCAAGGAUGGGAAUCUGCUCCUGCAUCCCUGCAGGAAUGGGAAUCUGCUCCUCCAUCCCUGCAGAGAUGGGAAUCUGCUCCUCCAUCCCUGCAGGGAUGGGAAUCUGCUCCCUCAUCCCUGCCAGGAGACCCUGGAGACCUCGGUGCUGAGGGAAGCUCCAGGGGCUCCUCAUUCCAGGUGGCUCCUUGAGGAGUUCCACCCAGGAUUUUGCUGGCUUUUCAAGUUCUUCCCAGCUGGAACUGGAACUGGGUUGGGAAUGUGUGGGGGAUGCUCUGGUGCAACCAAGAGCUCCCAGUUUGGUGGCUCGGGGUCGGUGAUCCCAAGGAUCCCAAAUCCAGAGGAUUAUUCCUUGCCCGAGAAGGGGAUUUGCUUCCUCCAGCUGUGGAAGUGGUAAUGAUUAAAAAUAAAAAGUAUUUUUUUAAACACUGAAUUAAUUUCUAAACUGCCUAAGAGAGACUUUAUAGCUACACCUGAGUUCUUCCCCAGGGCUGUGCCCAGCACAGGAGCUCUCCCUCAUCCUGGUGAGGCUGUGCUGGGAUCAGCAGAGGCAUGGGGAAAAAAAACUCCUGAAUUGUUCAGAGGACAGGGGGAGGUCCAUGUCCCACCAAAAUCCUUGGAGAGGGAGGAUCUUGAGUGGUUCCCAGACCUCUCUCCCCCCUCAGAACAAGGGAGGAUGACCUUCACUCCUGGUGGAGAAUCUGACUUUUCAGAGACACUUCGUUUCGUAUUUUUUUUUUUUUUAACACAGAAAAAAUAAGGCUCUUAACACACACAAGAAAACCUGAACCUGAUUUAUAAUUUUGUUACAUUUGGUUGCUUUAAAAAAAGCUGUUUUACUAAUUUAAAUAUUGCUGUAGAUGACACUAUAUUUAUUUGAAAGGGGUAAAUAUCUUUUAGUCUUAAUUCUUCUCCAGUAAGCGCUGUGUAUUCCCAAUGUUUGUGUUCCUGGCAGCACAGGAAUUCCACUGACUGAGGGCUGGGCAGCCAGCAGCUCCUGAAUCCAAUGGCCUUGGACAACAAGAUGUCUCUUGCAAUGUAAUUUUUUUUUUUUUUUGUAGUAUUUCUUGAUUCUUUUAUGUCUGUGGUUUAACAAAUCUGUUCAAUGUUUGGGUUGUUCUAUGUUUUGGGUUGUUUUGUUUUGUUUUUUAACAAAGAAAGCUGAAUUACAACAUUCUGGUUGCUGGU